CUAAUAGAGAAGGGGAUCAUAUUCAAAUGAAAAUUACUCUUUUAGUCCUUUUCUUUAUCUACGACUACUAAUUCCUUCCAGCUUAAUGCUAAUAAUGUUUUUUUCAGGUACAAUGAUGUGGGAUUUACUAUGAAUCUGUAUUUAUUACGAUAUUAGUUUGAAUUUGUAUUUAACGAGAUAUAAUUAGUUUGCUCUCUUUAUUGAGAUAUGGUGGAUAACAUAGGCAAUAAUUCAGAGAUAGCAAGCCAAAAGUACAAUUUUGCAGGAGCUUGUAAUGCUUCAUGUGAGGAUAGCAUCAUAAAAGAGCAAGACAAGCUGCUUCCAAUAGCUAAUGUGGGGAGAAUCAUGAAGCAGAUUCUGCCUCCGAAUGCAAAAAUAUCCAAGGAAGCUAAAGAAACCAUGCAAGAAUGUGUGUCGGAGUUCAUAAGCUUCGUCACAGGCGAAGCAUCCGAUAAAUGUCAUAAAGAAAAACGAAAAACAGUAAAUGGGGACGACAUCUGCUGGGCUCUUGCUACUCUAGGGUUUGAUGACUAUGCUGAGCCACUGAAAAGGUAUUUAUAUAAAUACAGGGAUCAGGAAGGAGAAAGAGGAAGCCAUAGACCAAGCAACAAUGAAGAAAGAGACGAUUCGUUGGAUUAUAGAGGUGAUCUGCCGAUGAAAUCUGCUGCCUCGUUGAAUUUCCAAGUGGUUGAAAGAAGCAACACUUCUCUUUCCCGGCGAUUUUGAUGCUCCAUCAAGGAUUAUAUAUAUCUCUGGCCUUACAUGAAGAGAUUGAUACUGUAAGUGUGAAGAAUAUGCAGUUUUCUGGGGGAUUUUAGUUGUUUCAUAUCGGUGUGGGCUUAAAAUUUCUCUGAUUUGUCUUCUGAUUUGGCUGUUGUUAGAGUAAUGGUUGUGUGUAUUAUCUAGUUUAAUCCCUAUUUAUAAACUUUUCACGGCUUAUUGCUAUGAUUGUUUACAAGGAUUUAUUGCUAA